CCCGACUUCGCACAAAGUCUCAUCGCACACCGCGUCCGGCGUCCAUCGUUAUCAACGCCAGCCAGCUGCAAACGUAGUGGUCAGCAAAACAGUGUCUGUUGGUCUCCUCGGGAAAGGGUGAAAAGUGAGAACGAAACAAAGCUUGUGGGAAAAUAAUCAUCCGUUCCGUUCGUUGUUCGUCUUUUUCGUUUCAUUUCGUUCGCAACCGCUUGAGCGGACGGUCGUAGUAAAAUUUCGUCGGUCGGUUUGUUCCCACGGGGAAACGCGUGUGCGGCGCAUUUCAGCUAAUUUAUUGCUGUGUUUGUGCGCGAAUUUGAUUUUCUUUGGGACGUGAUCGAUUCCGGGUUAAAAAGAAUACGUGCUAACAACAACAAUAAUCGGUGCAGUAAAAACGUUGAAUAUUGAAUCAAACUGUGGUUGGUUUCGAUGCCAGUGGCCGUCAUCACUAGCGACGUAACAGAUUCCGUAACGAGAUCCAUCCCACAACAAGGUUCAACUACUGGCUCCCACACUCAACAGGUGGUGAUCGUGCCGCUUCGAUCUGCUAAUACUGCUGCAUACGCUUGUUCUGUGCUCAGAAGCUCGAUGCGCGGGAAUCCAGCCGAACGAGUAGUGCGACGCGCAACCGCCAAUCCAGUUUCACCCGAGCGACGAUAGAAGCUGGAAAUAGUUGUUCAGUAGAAUAGCGACUUGAGAAUGGUGUUGAAGCAACGGGGACCGGCCAUCGAGCUGCACUCCCCGACGGAGGAUGUGCUGGUCAGUCCGGGCAGCGAGAGUUUACCGUCGAUCGAAAAUGCUCCCACCAGUGGAUCCGGUCCGGUCGAAGGUGCCGGGGGAGAAGAACGGGUCAAGAUGAAGAAGGAGCUGGGCCUGCUGGAGGGAGUGGCCAUAAUUUUAGGUAUUAUCUUCGGGUCGGGAAUUUUCAUUUCGCCGAAAGGGGUGCUGCAGGAGGUUGGCGCUGUGGGGACUUCACUUGUAAUAUGGGUGACGUGCGGACUGCUGUCGAUGAUUGGAGCGCUGUGCUAUGCAGAGCUUGGAACGGCGAUACCGAAGUCCGGCGGGGAUUAUGCCUAUAUUUAUGAGGCGUAUGGUCCCCUGCCUGCGUUCCUGUACCUUUGGGAUGCGACGGUGAUUUUUGUACCGGCUACGAACGCCAUCAUGGGACUCACAUUCGCUAGCUACGUGUUCCAGCCGCUGUUUGCCGCUGGGUGUUCAGUUCCCACGAUUGGGCUGCAGUUGUUUGCCGCCGUGACGAUAUGUCUGCUCACGUACAUCAACGCGUACGACGUUCGGCUGACGACCAAGAUGCAAAAUGUGUUCAUGUUCACCAAAGUCGGCGCUCUGGUGCUGGUCAUCGUUGUCGGUCUGGUGUGGAUGUCAUUCGGUGGAACGGAAAACUUUGAAAACGCGUUCGAGAACACCGAAACCGAUCCCGGUAAGCUGGCGGUGGCAUUCUAUUCCGGUAUCUUCUCGUACGCUGGAUGGAACUAUCUCAACUUCAUGACGGAGGAACUGCGCGAGCCAUACAAAAACCUUCCCCGAGCGAUCUACAUUUCAUUGCCUUUGGUCACCGGCAUCUACGUGCUGGCAAAUAUGGCUUACAUUGCCGUUUUGUCGCCGCAGCAAAUCCUCGCAUCGGAUGCCAUCGCCGUGACGUUCGCCCAAAAAGCCAUGGGUUGGGGCGCUUUCGUGAUGCCCAUUCUGGUGGCAAUAUCGGCCUUCGGUGGUCUUUCCGUGCACGUCAUGGCCUCGUCGCGGAUGUGCUUCGUCGGUGCCCGCAAUGGACACAUGCCGGAAAUUCUCUCACAUAUCAACGUCAACCGGUACACCCCGAUGCCGUCAUUGGUAUUCCUUUGCCUCCUCUCCCUACUCUACCUAUUCAUCAGCGACGUGUACGUUCUGAUCACCUACAGCAGCAUCGUUGAGUCCUUCUUCAUCAUGCUCUCGGUGAGCGCGGUGCUGUACUUCCGCUACACCCGACCGGACAUCAACCGACCAAUCAGAGUUCAACUGUGGGUUCCUGUGCUGUUUGUGAUCAUCUGUGCGUUCCUGAUCGUGGUUCCUUGCUACGUAGCCCCGUACGAGGUUGGCAUGGGCGUGCUGCUAACCCUGGCCGGUAUUCCCGUGUACUACGUCGGUGUGGUGUGGAAGAACAAACCGGAAGCGUUCGAAAAUGUGCUCCGCCGGGUGACGCAGUUCUGCCAGAAGAUGUUUAUGACGGCCAAAGAGGAGGACGGCGGAGAGGAAUGAACUAGCGACGCUCGGGGUAAUGUACAGUCUACAGUUUUCAUAGAUAGUGAAGGUUGCAAAGUGAUUCGUUUUAAUUCGUGACUCUGUGGAACUUUCGUUCACGGUUUAUUUUAGGGAACAUCCAUAAAUUACGUAACGCUUAGAGGGGGGAGGGGGGGUUGAGUGAAGUGUGACAGUUCAUACAAAAAGUUUUGAUGAUUCAUACAAAAAGUGUGACAUAGGGGGGAGGGGGGGUUGAAAAUGGGUGAUUUUUGCGUUACGUAAUUAAUGGAUCUUCCCUUAAAAUUCACAAAUUCUUUAGAUUUUUUAAACAUUUUAUUACCAUUUUAUACCUGUGCCAAAUAUUUUUUGAUAUAAUUUUAGGCAACUCCAAACACUGACUGUUUUUAUUACUAUAUGAUCGUGGAGCGAUUGUCGAAAUUCAAUUUUAACUUUUUGUUUUCACCACGUCGUCCACUCUUAGGUACUUACGCAGGGUUGGGAAAAAUCAAAUUUUCGAAAAUCGAGAAUGAUCAAACUCACUCGCGAUUUUACUUUUAAAUUAUCAAGUGAUUAAAACUCGCCAGCGAUUAAGAAUCGUUUGAAAAUCGUUUCUUGAUUUGAAGCAUUUACCGUUACCUUUUAAACUAUUUUUCCUUACUAGCAUGAAACUAUAACGCAAAUAGAAGGUAUAACGGGACUGUUGACAAUUAGCUAUUAUUAGUGAAGAUUAAUGAUUGAAUGAAAAUUCUGUGUUUAUUAUCGUUUGAGUACAAAAUUUGAGAAGUUGUCGCCGGCGACAACUCGCCUACUGUUUUCACGUGAAAAGUGUUCACAUGAAAAUUGCAAUCAUGAUCGUCUGAUAAUGAUUAAGCACAACACUGUACUUACGUAUAAAGUCGUGAACAAAAUUGAAUCGGUACAAAUGUAUCAGGCAUGUAGAUAUUUCAAAACGAGUAAUUAAUCCGAACUUUAUCUUCAUGCAACAAUAUAUUUGCAUAAGCAAUUGAAAAUCGUCAUACAUAUUGCAUUGCAUUUCGAUAAAAAAAAGUUGUUUAUUACAUAGCAUACUUCUUUAUAAGAAGUUAAGCAGCAAAUCUAAACAUUUCACACACCCUUCCUUUAAUUUAGGUUUAUGUAUGAAUGAACUCAAUGAAAUUAUUCGUUCACCGAUAAAUACUGAUUAGGGAGAUUUAAAUCAGGCAAUGGUGAUUAUUCCAAAUAUUAGGUGAAACAAUCUCCACUAAAUAUCCUGCCGUUCUACACAUAGCUGUUCCACAUAGCGAUAUUUAGGCUUUACUAUUUUGAAUCGCAAAAAAAAUGUAUUCUCUAGAAACUGAGGGCAAUAUUUUCCUAAUUUUGCAUCCCGUUUGACCUCAAAAAUGGAAAUCAACAGCGACCGUCUCGAUUUUUAAUUUUAUACAGCUAUGCGUAGAACGGAAAUGUACAACAGUUUAUAUUGUUAUUUGCCUUGUUACACUAUCCUAAACAUCACCGAUCAAUUAGAAUCUCCCUCAUACUAUACCACCCCUAAUACACAUGUGACACUAUGAGCAAAGAAUCUGAUUGAAAGCUUCAGCCUGUUGCGUCUCGGAGCAUCUCACCCCUGAAGACAUUUUGUUCAAAUCUGGUGAAAGCUUCUUGAUUAUUUUUCAUAGAACCAUCUGUGUUUGUGUAUGAGUCAACACCAAACUAACUGAUAUAGUAGAACACAAAUCUUAAGCAAUCCCUUGAAUCAAGUGUCUUUAGGGGUUAUUAACUAUCGAAGAAAGACUAAUAUUCAAAACACCCACUUAGAGGAAAUCUACUCCAAAUUGAAUGUAUAGGAAUGAAGUAAGAAGGUAUAGGAGAAGCUUGAAGCACAUACCUAUUAUAGAUAGAAGCGUAAGAAAUUAGGCAAUAAUAUAUGUUAGGUUUAAAUCAACGACGACAAAUACCAAUUACAAUUAGAACAUGCAAGCUUUUUUGUUAA